AUGCUGAGAUCUGCCCUCACGUCUACUCUGUCGGCAUGCUUGGCCGUGUUCGCUACGCUGCUGUACCAGCAGUGGGCUCGCCCAUCACCGCAGCUCCAGCAGCAACAUGUUACCGUUGCCACGAAGGUCGACCGCGAGCAGGAGCUAGCAGGCAGCCCAAGCACCGCCGCACCAUCGCCAACAACCGUUGACCUGGCCCAGGCUCUCGGGUUGGGUCGCGUCCUGCUGUCCCGGGGCGAACAUGAAGAAGCCGCCCUUGUCUACCGUGUAGCAGCGUCCGCCGCUGCUGCCAUAGAUUCAAACCGCGAGCACGGAGAGGCACAGCACGGGCUGGGCCUGGCACUCCUCGCAACCGGUCGACCAGAGGAAGCUCUCGCGGCCUGCCGAGAGGCUGAACGACUCGAUCCCGAUCUUCCAACAGCGACUUCCUGCAUUGGUGCUAUUUUGACCGACGCUGGGAACAUCGCUGGUGCGCUCACGGCAUUGCGCCACGCGGCAGAAAAGGCAGAACGGGCAGGGGUAACGGCGGGAUUGUGGCGGGACGCUGAAGGCACCGCCGACACCAUCCAUGGCCGACUAGGAGCGGCCCUACUAGCUGCCGGGGAGGUUGACGAAGCGAUAGAAGUUUUGACGAGGGUUGAGCUGGACGCGCGGCGGGCCGGGGGUGACCCACACGCGGCGUACAACCUCGGCGUCGCAUGGCAGACGAAGGUUUGA